AUGAUCCCAAGAAACGAACGGGGACAUAUCACCCCGUUUGACAAAGAUGCAACCGUCCACGGCCCGCUAGGAGAGGCUUUCCGAAUUUUCGCCAAAGGAAGGAGAAACCGAACUCCGGCGACCCACCUCCGGACCAGCACAGACACCAGACCCCUAGUCAUAUCCGUAGCCGGAGCGAAACGCGCAAAACCUAACCAAGAAACCAAACUGGGCGGGGGACUCUGGGUAGGACCGAACGACCCCCGAAACGAAAGCAUACGCAUCGAACCAAGUAGUAGGAGCGACUUCACCGCAGGAAUCUUUGCGGCAAUAGCGCGAGCGGCAGAAAUCCUCCCUGGUUCAGCCCCACUACUGAUACGCAUCCCCAGCGAAAGAGUGGUCAAAGACCUAACAAUCAACCUCAAGAAGAACGAAGACCUAGACUGGCUGGGCGACAGCGAUGCGGAUAUUAAGAGAUCCGCAAUCGCGAACCUCCGUAAAAGAGAGGGAUGGACUUGCCUAGUCGAUAGCCCACUCAGCGGCACGAACCCGCACUCCCACCAAGCGAAACGUCUCGCAAACCACGCCCUUGACCUCCCGUCCACAACCCCCUACCCCGAGGUGCCGAACGACUUUGCCCUUAGAGGCGCAAAACUGACUGCUCUAUCCCAGAAGCAGCUAUAUCGGAAACUUAUGGAAUCGCGGAAACACCCAGGCCGUAGGGCGACAGAAGCGAACCUAUCAAAAAUCAAAGCAGUCGGCGAUCGACUAGGCAGAAAGCACAUAACCGACGCACAAAUCUGGAAAGCGUCGCGCAGCCCCGACCUCCUACGCGGCGAAAGGGCUUUCCUCUUCAAGACCCUACAUAACGCCCACCGCAUAGGCGAGUUCUGGAGCAAAAUCCCCAACUACGAAGAUAGAGCUGAGUGCAAGCUAUGCAACAAGAUUGAGACAAUGGAGCACACACUCAAGGACUGUCCCGGAAACGGAUCCGCGAUAAUCUGGAAUCUUGCUAGGACCAUAUGGGAAACGAAGACCACCAUACCAUGGCCGGGUACCUCCUUUGACACUAUACUCGCGAGCUUCGUAGCAAACCUCCCAAGCGACCCCGGUGGAGCGACCAGCCGAUUCUAUAGAAUACUAAUGUCGACCUCCUCGUACCUGAUAUGGGUCAUCCGUUGUGAGCGACGGAUCCAGCGAGAGGAUGACCCCAGAAAACGACAUUCAGAGCGAGAGAUCCAUAACAGAUGGGUCGCCAGACUCAACCACAGACUGCACAUCGAUCAGACAUUAACGAACAAGAUCCGAUACGGGAAGAAAGCAGUGUCGAAGAAUCUCGUUCUGAAAACCUGGGAUAAGUGCCUCCUGGCACGUGAGGGCCUUAAGGCCGACUGGAUCCGAGACGACGCGGUUUUAGUGAGUAUCCGGCCCCUUCCCCCAGAGGAGAAUGCACCUCCUUAG